AUGCACUUUCCUUUUUUGCUCAUCUUGCCAUUGCUUGUUGGUCAAUACAGCGCAGCUGAGUUGACAGCUACAUGCCCAGCACAUAAAAUCUCGGAUGAAGCAGUCAUGGAGUCUUCUGUGGAGAUCCCGUUAUCUGAUCUAGGAUCAUCCCAUGAAUUGGAACACACUGCAGAAUUUGACCCUAGCCAAACUUUGCCACCCAUGCAUCAUCAAAUCAUAGAUAUUCCUAGUCAAGAACCAGUGGGAAAAUGUACUGAUCAAAACACAAUUGGGAAAGUGGGUGAAACUGUCAUUGAAGAUUCAAAUAAAUCAGAAAAGAAGAACCCAGCAGGAAUUUCCACAGACCAAAAGUCUCUGAGCUUGAAAGAAGGUGAACAAAUUCUUGCACAGGACAAAGGAAAAGAAGUUAUGGACCCAGAACAACCACCUAAAUUUGACUGUAACUCUUAUAUGCUAGAAGUCAUGCCUUUUUUAAUAGUCUUUGGUCUACCCCUUGUUGGAUUGAUGUUUUAUUUGAUUCACUUAAUCACACACAAAUUCUAA